AUCUACAGCCAAUCACAGAGUCAUUGCACCCUGGCUAGAGGCUUGCACCUGCCUAGAGAUUCAAGGCGGAGAUGGUCCUGUGGGAUUCAGGGUCAGGCUGCUUGGAGAGGAAGCUGUAGCGGAGAUGACUUUGACCUGCAUGAACCAAACCAUGCUUCUGGUGUGCACAGGCUGCAAUGGGGGUUAGAAGCACUCUACAAAUGGUGGAACCAUGAGCCAAGUGUCUCUGCAGCCCACCCCAGGCCUGGAAUCAGAAUCCUGUUCACGAGCACUGUCCCAGACCCAAGCCUAUCUGGAACAGAUUCAGAGCCACAUGUCUCCUGAGAGCCCUGAUGUCCAUGGAAUAGGCAAGCGUGAUUACCUGGUGGAUGCGGCCAAACAGAUUCGCCUGGCGCUUGAGAGGGAUGUGAGCGAGGACUAUGAGGCAGCCUUCAACCACUAUAAAAAUGGGGUCGAUGUGCUACUCAGUGGAGUACAAGUUGAUCCCAACAAAGAGAGGCGUGAAGCAGUGAAAAGGAAGAUUACCAAGUACCUGAGGCGGGCAGAGGAGAUUUUCAACUGCCACCUUCAAAGGACACUGGGGAACGGGACCAGCCCUGGCACGGGCUUCAGCAGCCUGAGGCUCCGGCCCAUCCGUACUUUGAGCUCCGCAGUAGAGAACCUGAGGUGUUGUAAGGUAGUGGGAGUCAUCGAAAAGGUUCAGCUGGUCCAGGACCCUGCCACUGGGGGGACCUUUGUAGUGAAGAGUCUUCCCAAAUGCCAUGUAGAGACUUGGGACCGUCCAACCAUCAUCCCCAAUGGUGUCCCCUACAUGGCCAAGCUGCUUCGCUACUCUGUGAGUGAGGAUUCCAUCUUCUUGCACUUGGAGCAUGUGCAGGGAGGAACCCUCUGGUCCCACCUCCUCUCCCAGCCUGGACCCCAGAGGUCAGAAGUCUCCAGCGACUUAGCCCAGCAGAAGCCCAGCUCUAUCCAGGGAGAUCGCCAAGAGAAGGGGAAAGCUGGUCCUGAAGUUGGUCUCAGCCUCCUGACCCCGGGUCUACUUCCCCAGAAUCAUACCAGCCAGCCUGCUGCUGAUGCUGAGGCAUCCCCCAAGUCCUCUGACAUUCCAUCAGUGCCUCGAGGCAGAGUUCCUGACCAUCAGAAAGGGCUGAAGGAUCUGAAGGCCACCCAGGCUCCCACCCUGAAUCCUGCAGUCAAGGCAUCCUGCCUAUCUGGGGAAAUCCCAAUAUUCAGGUCCCACAGACUAUCAUCCUGUGGAGAUGCUUUUGGGAGAGAUCAAUGUAGGACAGAUGUUUCUGCCUCUGAACAGGACCCUGUGGCCUCACAAGGCACUACCUCACCUUCUGGUCUUGCACCAAAGACCCUAAGAAGGGAUGAGGCAAUGACCAGCUGCCUUGGUCGGGGUAGAGGUCGGUCCCAUCACCAAGCCAGGCGGAAUAUGAGGUGGAGCACCCAUAGGGGGGCCCUGGGAGGUAUCUCCUGGAUCCAGGAGGGGGCAGGCCGGGUACUAGAGGGCUACGGUCAUGGAAGUGACUGGCACAAAGAGCUCCCAACUCAGGACUGUCCACAUGCUAACCGGGCUUGUCCAGGCCACAGAGGAGGAGCAUGGUGUGUGAAGGAAGAACAGGUCAAGCAGUGGGCAGCGGAGACCCUCGUGGCCCUUGAGGGUCUCCAUCAGCAGGGUGUGCUAUGCCGGGACCUCAACCCCAGGAACUUGCUGCUGGACACCACUGGUCACAUCCGUCUCACCUAUUUUGGCCAGUGGACUGAGGUGGAGCCCCGGUGCUGCAGGGAAGCCCUGGAGAACCUGUACAGUGCCCCAGAAGUGGGCGGGAUUUCUGAGCUGACGGAAGCCUGUGAUUGGUGGAGCUUCGGAUCCCUACUGUAUGAACUUCUAACUGGAAUGUCCCUGUCCCAGAACCACCCCUCAGGAAUCCACAUCCACACCAGGCUCCAUCUUCCCGAGUGGCUCAGUCGACCAGCUAUCUCCCUGCUUACUGAGUUAUUACAGUUUGAUCCCUGCCGGCGCCUUGGUGCUGGAAGAGGAGGUAUCAACAAGCUCAAAUCUCACCCAUUUUUUAGCACCAUCCAAUGGAACAAACUGGUGGGGUAGGGUCAAAAGAGAAGAGGCAGAGAACUUCUCUGGAAGACCCAGCCUGGCCUUCUGGGCUGGCAGAGCCCACAGGAGAAAUUUAGUCCAAUGGGUCCAAGGCCCCGGCCUGAAAUCCUGGGAUGUCAGACUACGUUUCCUCGUGCUACCAAAGUUUCAAACAUUUGGUGGUGAGGAUGAAUUCUGAAUCAUGCAUCCUGGAGGGCCACAGGCUUGAGCCUCUCUUCAAUGCUUCUGACACUCCCUUUCCUAUGAGUUUGUUUCACUGAAGGCCCUGGAAGUAUACUCCAUGGUGGCUCAGUUCUCCAAUUUUUACUCCCACCCCUAAAUGAACCUAGGCAUGAUAAGGGGAAACCAUAGGGAACCUUGAAGUCAGAAAAUAUUGGAACUAGUCUGACCUCUGCCGCCUACUGGGUGUGUGAUGUUGGGCACUUCUUUUGAGACUCAGUUUCCUCAUCUGUAAAAUAGAAAUAUCUGCCUUGCCUACCUCAUAGGGUUAAGGUUAUUGUGAGGCUCAAAGGAGAUUUGUGGGAAAGGAUUUUGUAAUUGUCCAUCACUAUAGAGGUGCAAAAGAUUAUGAUAACACACGAGGCGAUUGUAUUUCCCAUUAGCCAAAGCAGAGGGCAGUGAGCUGGAGCAUCCUAAGGGAUCCUCAAGCCUAGCUUAGCUGCUCAAACCUCACAGACCUCAAGGGUACCUUUCUCUGGGAUUAGUUAGUUAGCUUGGUGUUCUGGAGCUCUGAGCAGAUAGCAAACUGCUAAAAUAGUGUUGUUGAGCUAGUGAUAGACCAGGUGGCCAUCUUCAGCUGAGACAUGGUAAUUCACCAAAUUACCUACCAUAUUUCACAGAGGGUGUCGGGAAGCUUAAAGUUGUGCCUGGGCCACCUCCAGGAAUUUUGGGGGUCAACCCCCCCCAUCCCCUGGCAUAGAUUGUUGUAAGAUAAGACCGUCUUAGCCAAAAUGAAACUUCUGAUCACAUUAGUCAUAAACUGAGUACAACUCCCUGGUCAGGGUUUUCCCAAAGUAGGCAGUGAUGGCAGGCUGGAAAAUGAGUCUAAAGAAGGGCUUUGGUGAAUUUUAAAAAGUCCUCUGGAAUGAUCCCUUAUUUUUCACUCCAGCCUCCCAGAGGAGAGGGGACAAGGAGAAGUCAGGAGGAAAGGUUGGGGGGAUACACUGGAAGGCCUUGCCCUACUGUGAAGAUGUGAAUCAAAAGAUGCUUGAAAGACCUGGGCCAGUAGCACCCCUUAUUGAACCCUCUCCCUCCCCAAGCACUGGGUUUCCACCCACCCAAAGCAGAGGAAGAGGCCCCUGCAAGUCCAAGAGAACUUGUUUCUUUGGGCUGGCUCAACUUGGGUUUCCUGACUGAUAUCAAUUUCCCAAAUGACAGGCACUAUACAAAGCAGAGAGCCUAGUUUAGGGGUGGGGAGUUGCUGUACUCAGGUUCAAAUCCCAAUUCUGCUCCAUGACUCUGUUUCCUCAUCUGAAGAAAUGAUGAACUGGAUGAUUUCUAGAGUCCCCCUCCAGCUCUCAUGUCUGAGAUGGUUAUUUGUCCUUUCCAUGGUUUUUACAUCUUGGUCUUGAGGUUCACUCAUUUAAACUUGUUGUUUUAGCCUGGGCCAGAGAAGUUGGGGUCUCUGAGGCCUAGGGAUGGAGGGAGCUGACCUCAGAACCCCAACCACAGCACAUCUAUUCUGCCUUGAGGGUGAGCCACUGGAACAUUUCUGGAUGAAGACUGGCUGACCUCAAUUCUUGGUGUGGCGUGAACAACAGUGUGUCCAUGUGUGACACUCAGAUAGCAGUUAUCUAGGAUUUUGCUCAGGCAUUCUCCAGGGCACAGGACAUUGUAGGACAGCUGUGUAAGCAUGAUUGUGGCCCACUCCUCCAACUCCCAGUCACGACUGUCACUCUUGUCCAUUAAAUGUACAACAUCCCAAAUAAAAUGGUAGUCU